CAAGGGAGAUAGUCUAGUACUAAGCCUUAAAACCAAAAUGGCGUAUUUCCAAUGACAAUAUAUGGCAAACACAUGUACCGGAAGCUCAAAAUUGGAACCAGUGAAAUCUGCCCAUGUGGAGUAUCACCAGAGAAUGCCGACCACGUCCUCCAAAACUGCCCUCUUUACCAAGAGGCCCGUUUAUGACAUUGGCCCCAAAUCACCCCAAUAGAAAGAAAACUAUAUGGAGAGCUCCCUGAUUUGGAAACCACUGCGCAGUUCAUCUCAUGUAUUGGUCAAAUUCAUCUGAACACUCCAACAUAACAAUGAGAACGAAGAAGAAGAAGAGUAUGCAAGCAGAGCGAUUUAUUCUGCCAUCUCACUCCUGGAGGCACCCAAAGCACUACUGGCCAUGGCCAGACAGUUAUCAACUUCCUUGAAAGCGAGGUGUCAUUCGAUACUAAAUGACAGAUAGACGAAGAGGACGUACUCAAAUAGUAAAUUUAGAUCAGAUCAUGACUGAUCAGCAGAUAAAAGAGGAAAAGUGGACUUUAACAACUUUGUCAGCAGCAGUUAACACUAAAGAAAACUGCAUGCUCUGGUUAGCACGACGUCGUCUGAUAAAAAAUUCAGCUUACUGUACUACAUGCCACCAAUCAGCAUAUUUGAAUGCCUAUGCAGAAGGAACUGACGGCUUCCGGUGGGCGUGUAGAAGCUGUCACUUUCGUAGGACAAUUCGAGAUAAUUCAUUCUUUGCUCGUAGCCACAUACCAAUUGUACAUUUAUUACUGUUGAUAUAUUGUUGGUCUCAUGACAUGCCUAUUUUUAACAUUUCUCAUGAAACGAAGAUCUCUACAGAAUAUGCCAUGAACUAUUGCAAUACUUGCAGAGAGGAAUGUGAAAAAUAUAUUUAUAGGCACAGACUUUCAGAAAUUGGUGGGCUUGGCGAGGAUGGAGAACCAAUUAUUGUUGACAUCAAUGAAUCAAAGAAUUUUAAGAGAAAAUAUGUUACACGUGAAAGUCGUUGGGUAUUUGGGGGCAUAGAAAGACAUUCAAGAAAAUGCUUUCUUGUGGAAAUUCCAAACAACACUGUAGCUUCCUUAACUGAGGCAAUAAAAAAACAUAUUUUGCCUGGAACACAUAUAGUGUCUCAUAGGAAUUCUUUGUGUGCCUAUAUAUCAGACAUCAACAAUGGCACUUAUAGCCAUUCUGAGGUUAAAAUGGAUAAUUUUACUGACCCUAAAUAUGAUGUUGUUCAUGCAAUAAAUGUAGAAAAAAUGUGGAUGCGUGCUAAGAGAUUUCUGGAGAAACAAUUUGGUACCACCACAGUCCAAUUCAGCACAUGCCUGAAUGAGUUUAUUUUCAGAAAUUCUAUAAAGAAGGAACAUAUCUUUGGAACAGUACUUGUAGCAAUAGCUGAAGAUUAUGUAGUUUAAUGCCCAAAUUGAAUGAAUAAAAACCUUUUUUAAGUUUUCUGUGUUAUGAUAUUGAAUUUGAAAUAUAUUUGCAUUACAAAUUCAUUGUUGUUUUCAUAAUGAAAAUAACUAGAUGCAUUAUUAUGUAGUUUAAUGACCAACAUGGCUGCUUGCUAAAAAAAAUUUUUCUUAAGAUUUGCCUGGAACGCAUAUAGUCACAUGCAAUGCUGCAUGUGUAAACAUUCACCAUGGCAUCUGUGGUUAAGCAACUGACCCAAAUGAUGACAAUGUUCAGACAAAAAAUGUUGAAAAAAUUUGGAUGUGUGCUAAGAGAUUGCUGAAGAAACAUUUUGGUACCAGCAGUAUUCAAUUAUGCACUUGACUGAAUAAGUUUCUGUUCAAAUAUUUCUUAGGGAAUGAACAAAUUUUGGAGCAGUACUUACUGCAAUAGCUGAAUGUUAUUCAAUUUACUGCCUUACAUAAUGAAUACAAGCAUUUCAAAAAGCUUCCUGUAGCAUAGUAUUUAAUUUUAUAUACUUUUUAGUUGAUUUAAAAUAUUUUUUUUUCCCCAUUGAAGUUACUUUUAUGUUUGUGAUUUAAGUAAUUUCUGUUGACUGAUUUUUCUUAAUUCAUAAUGUUUUUUUCCCCACUUUUCUUUGAAAUGUAAAAACAUUACAGUUUAUAAGCUCUUGAAAAAUAUGUUUAUAUUUUGAUUAUAUUGGCAGAAAAAAAAUGUUUAUGGGAUAUACUCAAUGUUGCAGAGUUGCCUACAAGUACACAACUAGUGAUGGGAACUAUACUAAAACUAAGUUUCAAGUAGUUUCAACUCAAAUAAAGUACCGCUAGUUAAAAAGAGGCUAAAAGCACUGUUUAGAUGAAGCUAGGUACUGUAAUUUGGCACUAAAAAUAGUUCUUAAAAUCUAUUUUAUGGUUAACAGAAAUUUAAUUAUGAGAUGAAAGGUGAUAAAAUAUUUAUGUACCGUAUUUUAAUUGAUGACACAGAUUUAGAUUCUAUCUCUUUUUUUUUUAAAUAUCGGUACAUUAAAAUUACCAUCCAAUC